UUACAUGGGUUUCGGUACGCAAAGUCGGAAACCGGUACAACAAGCAAAGGGUCGACACGAACUGGAAUAGAAAUGAAUAUCUAGAAAAACCCUGGCCAUUCCGUCGUUCUAUAUAUAUAGAGGAGAAUGAUGUGAGAAUGCAAUGCAGUGAGGAUCGUACAAAAUAUUUUAGAUCGCAGCGUUAAUAACGCCAAGGAAGUCGUAUAAACGAAAACUAUUUAUCGCCUUGUCGAUAUUUAUACACGGAAACCUCCAAUCUUUUUAUUGCGAAGUAUUAGAUCACCAACGGCAGGAACUUCUCUAAACGCUUGAUUUACUCCUGAAAAUGUCGAGUCCUAUGGUAAAGUCGUUUGAGGAGAGAGCUUCGCUACUGAAGUCGUCAGAUCGACCGUAUCUAUCGCUUGGUUCUGUUCAUCAGUCAACUUGCAAAGUUUACAAGCGUCGAUGGUACAUUUUAUUUAUCUUUUCUAUCGUUGCUACCCUGAAUAACAUCAUUUGGAACUCAUGGGGCCCUAUUCAGGGUACUUCUAAAGUCGUGUUUGGCUGGGAUGACACGAUAAUUACGCUACUGGCGGACUGGGGCCCGAUUUCUUAUGUUGUUGCUGUUGUGCCCAUGUCCUGGUUAAUGGACGAGAAAGGUUUAAGAACUUCAGUGGUGCUUGCAGCAUUCUUUGAAUUCAUUGGCUCAGGAUUACGGUGCAUCCCCCUUGACGCUUCCUCUCAAUCUCUGCUAAUCCACAUUGGGCAGUUUGUAACAGGGUUAGGAGGCCCUGUUGCUAUGGCAGCAGCCCCAUUAGUAUCAGCAGCAUGGUUCCCUCCAUCCCAGCGCACAACGGCAACAGCCAUCUCCUCAUUAGCUUGCUACAGUGGAACUGCACUCUCUUUUGUGAUUGGACCUUUACUUGUAUCCGACCCAUCUGGAGCAAAUAGCACACAGAAUGUAGAUUAUGAUCAACUGAGAGAAACUCUGAAUGCCACCACAAUUCAAGAUUAUAAAGAUGAAAUCAUGAGGCUUAUGUAUUUAGAGUUUGGAGUAACAACAUUCGUGUUUCUCUGUGUCCUCAUUUACUUUCCCAAGAAGCCGAAGUCACCCCCUAGUAUCACAGCAGCUAUCGGCAGGCUUGACUUCAUGGUGGGUGCCAAGGCACUGCUCAGAAAGAAGCAGUUCUGGUUGCUAGUGUUCAUCUAUGGACUAUCAACAGGAGUAUAUGGCGGGUGGUGUUCAGUUCUUGACCUGAAUCUUUCCAAGUUUGGCAUUGACCAGAAGACUGCAGGCUGGCUAGGCUUUGGUGCUGUGGUCGCUGGAUCUUUGUCUGGGAUUUCGUUGUCAAUCUUUGCAGAUCAUUUCACAAGAUACAUGAAGACAAUCAUCAUUACGCUAAUGAUGGGAGCCACGGCCUCCCUUCUCAUAUUCACCCUUGUCUGUGCCAAGAUCUUGCAUUCAAGAUCAACCAUUUUCCUCUACAUAACAAGUAUUCUAGGUGGCUUUUUUGUCAAUGGUUCAAUUCCCUUGUUCUUUGAGCUUGGUGUAGAAUCAACAUACCCAAUAGCAGAAGGAAUAACAUCAGGAUGUCUUACAUUUUCUAAUAAUUUUCUACAAGUUAUCUUUUAUAUUUUCCCUAUGGUUCCUCGUUUUGGCACACGGUGGAUAAAUUGGGCCGCCCUUAUCUCAUGUGGUACAUCUAUACCCCUGUUAGUUGUCUGGAAAGCUAAGUACUACAGAUCUGCAGUUGAUAAAAAGGUUCCUUAUGUGCCCACACAUGGUCCAAUAACAUAUGGAACUUUAGAUAAUGGUAUUAUAGUAGAAGAUAGAAAGCUCCCUGAAAAUCACAGAAUAGACUCACCAGUCAGUGCGUAGUACUGAUCAUGAAAUUUUCAUAUAAUAUGAAGUGAUACCAAUAAUAGGCUAUUUUCUAAUCCUGUGGAAUUUGAGCACAAAAAAAAGCUUUGACAGGUCAGAGUUUGUGAUGUGAUUAUAUCAGUUUCCCUUUUAGCUUCAAGCUUUAUUUUAAAUUAAGAAAAAAGGUUUUUAAUAAGUGGAAAGAUGCUGUAAACAGACUAUGGCCAGCUGAAACCUUUCUUUUGCUCAACACAGGACCCCCAUUAUCUGGGGCCCAAUGAAUAUAGAUUUUUGAGUUAAUGUGGGAAUAAGAAUUUUUAUUUGAAUAAUUUUAGAAACAGCAAAGAAAUGUUUCAUUUCAUAUGACAUCAAACCCAAUUGUAGCUAGUAACAUUUGGUACAGUCAAUGCAGUGUCAACGUGCAGGAGAUCGGCACAUGUACUGCUUGCCUGUUGGUCACAAGGUAUUAUGGGUGACAUUCUUUAGAAGGAAAUGAGCUGUAAGAAUGUUCUUAGUAGCCCAAACCACCCUUGUUCCCUUGUUUUUUUCCUAUGGUUCAUGGAAUAAACUAUCUUUUUAAACAUCCUUGAAUCGCCAAUGAUGUGACCAAGGAGUAAUACUUUCUAGUAACUCUUACAUGGUGUUGACAUAACUCCGUUUAGCCCGAUAUAAUAUCAUGGUAUGUCGUUAUGUGUAUGUCGUUAUGACGGGUUUAUGUCGGACCAUUCACACUUGAACAUAUGAAGAUCGGAGUGCACGCCCAUGUCUUGUGCCACAAGAAUAAGCAAUUUAAGAGAAAUUUAAGAUUUUAAAAGAAAAUUGUUUUGGGAA